UUCCCGCGGACAAUAAUACUCGGUUAAUUUUCAGUGACUACAAUACUCUGAUCCAGUGGCUACAAUACUCUGAUCCAGUGUCUACAAUACUCAGAUCCAGUGUCUACAAUACUCAGAUCCAGUGACUACAAUACUCUGAUCCAGUGACUACAAUACUCUGAUCCAGUGACUACAAUACUCUGAUCCAGUGUCUACAAUACUCUGAUCCAGUGACUACAAUACUCUGAUCCAGUGACUACAAUACUCUGAUCCAGUGACUACAAUACUCUGAUCCAGUGACUACAAUACUCUGAUCCAGUGACUACAAUACUCUGAUCCAGUGACUACAAUACUCUGAUCCAGUGACUACAAUACUCUGGUCCUUUCCACUUACGAAUAAAAUGCUGGAUUACACAGGCGUGUUCUUUCUGAUCCUGAAGAUGAUCAAUCUCUCGUCAGGAGAACCAUGUGCCCAUGACGUUAAUGUGUUUCAAAACAUGUCGGGAUACUACGCGGUAUGGUCAAAGAUUGGACGAGGUUGUGGUGAUUUGUGGUUUCGUAUUGGUGAUCAAUCAGAUACUCCAUUAAGGUCAUCACCUACGCUUAUAGAAUUGGGGAAUAAUCCAAGAAUUAUAUGUCGGAACUGUAACAUUGUCAACAUCGAUAUCGAUACGACCACGGUUGCAACUACAACAUUCACGAACACGGCUUCGGCGAUAAAACCAACAACUCAACUCAACGUAUUUGUGACCAAAGAAGGAAGGAGAGCGGAAGAUGAAUUUCCAAUCCUCGCAGUGGUUGUGUCUGCCAGCGGUUUAGUGGUAGUACUGUUUGUCAUACUGAUAGUGUGUGGUAUGAGAAGACGACGGAAUCAUUCUGGUAAGGCAAAAGAAGGGGUGUUGGACAGUACCAGGACGCUGAGACGUGAAGACAUAGAGCACAGAGUAAACGUAGAUGAAACAGACAAAGAAGACGGAACCUAUGCUGAUAUAAAUGAAGCUAACCUCUCGCCAUCUGUCGAUACAUCUGUUGUUCCUGGAGAUAUGUAUGCAGUCGUGCAUAAGCCUGAAAAGGCUGGACCUGCUGCCGUUGGUGAGGACCUUGCCGUUGGUGAGGAACUUGCCGCUGACCCCGGGUCAAUGUAUGCACAGGUACAGAAAUCUUCAGACGGUAAACAAAGCCUAAUUUUGCCAGCGGAAGCCAGCAGGCCGAGUCCACAGGUUUCACGGUACGAAAACAAGGACGGGCUGAUUUAUUUGGACGUGGAGAUUAACAACACAACGUGUCAGAAAAAUAUUGACAAACAGUUGUUAAACGAAUCACAGAGUGGUUGUCAGUAUGCAGAGGUUCGGCACAAGUGAUCACGGCUAAUAGAUAUUGGAUGUGAAAAUUAAUUUCUCUUUCUAUGACAGGAAUAGAGGAUUUCUAUAUAAAUAUGAAUAUUCAUGGCAAAACAGUAUUUCAUGUGAAAUAUAGACUUCAUCCAAUCUUUAAUGUAAAUAUUUGAAUUCGUGUUAUGAAAUGAAUCACCACUAUGUUCGAGAUAUAUCUCAUUUGCCCCGGACAGAUUAUGAAAAUCAGAUCAAGGUUAUGUCAGUUAAAACUGAGAAUUUUGUAAUGAUUUUAUGUCCCACUUACUUCUGUGUUGACAACUCUGAUCGAUGCCAAGUACAUGCUUUGAUAUAGUAAAGUGAAAGUACGUCUGAUCGUAUCUUUCAAACGCAUGAAAGACUGGAAUAUCAGGACGAGUCCAAAAUUCAGUCAAUUCCCCUCGAGAACUUCGGAUGGGAUGACCUAGGCUCGGUUAUAACUGGAACAAGGACGUUAAGCUCCAAAAGAGAAGGAAAAGAUCUGGUGUCUUAUGUUCCUAUCGACCGCCGGGUGACGACCGUAGAAGUUAUGAGUAGCAGUAUAGCGUGCAUGCAAUAUAGCAGAGGACUGAUAGGGUUUACUGGUGAUAAGCCUGAAAGAUUGCCUCAUCCGCUGUAAUUAACGUUGCCUUAGUGAGAUAGUCGCUAUAUGGUUCCUGUGAAUUGGUUCCUUAGGCCUAGUUCGAACUACGUGUAGAUAUUUUCGAGGCGACAGUAAGAUUAGUUGCUCAACUCAAUAGUUUGCUUGGCUUAGUUCAAACUAAAGAAGUCCCUUCCUGCAACUCUUGUUUGCACUGAAUUCCAGUGCAGUUAUAAACCAUAAGAGUAGGAAACCCCGCGUAACCGGAGUAAUUGCUUUAACAACGCUAAAUAAGCAUAUACAGGAUCAGAGUUCAUUCAUUGGUGAUGUUUAGUCCCCUUAACCUGUACGUAGUGUAAUCCGUGUGUAUAUAGUGUGUUCCAUUCAUAUGCAUAUCUGUAUAUAUUUUGCUUCGUCAGUAGUCCCUCAAUUCGUCAAGCUGAUUCAAAUAGAUUCCCAGCAAGGUAAUCUGGGGCUUGCUCACGUUUCUGACCCACAUAACAAAUUGUUGAUAGGGUUGCACGUUAAAAUAUCAACAUAUUUACACAACCAUAAUUAAAAAUUGAUUAAAAGAGGGCAACACAUGAACAAAAGAAAGGCAUGGGAAAUCAUAAAAAGGACCAAAUAAGAUCAGGUGUUUCGAAAUGGUAAGCGUGUUCAGCUACAUCGAUGACACCUAUCGUUUAAAUCUAGGUUGAUGUUAGCAUGGAAUGUGUUCCCUGGUUCUUGAUAAUGCAACUGCACGGACAUCCUCGAUACUCCAGAGGUUACGAUCACUUUCACUCUCCGCACCCCCUGGAACAUGUGAUGGCAAAACAGAAGGCACAAACGAAGUAAGUUGAUUGGUUUAAGGAGCAAAUACUUACCAAUCACAGACCGCUCUUUUUUAAGUGUGACGCCAAACAUCAAAGUCAUUACAAUACACCGUUAUGUGACCUCGGGAUUCGUUUGAUGUACAUCAAAGAAUCAAACAAGUCUUUUUGUCUUGUCCACAAGGUGUCGGACAUGGAACCAUCAAUUUUACCAUGACAUGUUCUAAGGUUGCAGCAAGCAAACAUGACCGUAACCCCUGAAAUAUCGAGGAUGACACAAACUACACAAACAGACAUUCAACAUAAACUGCCUAUCGCACAAAGAAAUAGCAACAUAAUGAGAUCUCUCAAAAUCAUGAAUCAGGCGACUUCUUUGAUUGUACUUCGUUUUCUUAUCAAAAUGGCUGUUAUUGAAUAAAGCUAAUUUUCUUAUUGAAAA